AUCCGGUCAACUAGAAUACCUGCCACCGUGGGGGGCAGCCACGUGUCAACAGCCCACAACCGCAAUCCCCCUCGAACAACAACCCUACAAAACUCCCAAUCCUCAGCGGUCCUCCAUUCUCCUCUGCAAAUGCCUUGCUUUUAGCCUAAUCCUCUCUCUCCCCCUCUUCUUCAUCAAUCACCAUGGCUGCCUCUUCCAAUCCCACAACCCUUCUCGGUUAGGUCUCCCCUUUCAUCUCAUUCCCUUCGAAGUUGAACCCUUCUUCUUCCUCUUCCUCCUCCAUUUUUUUUAUAAAUUUGGUCCAAUCCUGGGGCUUAGUUUGGGAAUGUGGGCCUGUUGUUUGUUUCCCAGGAAAAUUGCAAGCAUGGAAGGCUGUAAUGCGCCGCUCCGCAUCAAAUUGGUCAUCGGUUCUUGCCAGGCGAGACGCACGGCCAUAUGAUAUCUGUCUCUGUGUGAUUAAGGGCAGGUCGACAGAGUUUUGUUUUGCUUGAUGGAUUGAAAAUUGGAUUGAUUGUUGGGGGUAGAAUGGUUCCAGGCACUGAUGCAUCGUCGCAUCACGGCGGCGAGACAGAGGGUGGGUGCUGCAGCAAGCCGAAUGCUGUGUCUUGCAAAGAAGGUGAGAACCCAGAAACACCAGAUUUCAGCCAAAGUAAGGCCAGGAAGCCUCCCCGAAACCACUCGGUCAUGCGGCACAGCAUCAGCCAGGCGAUGCUGGCCGGCGCGGUUGAAUUGGAAUCCAGUAAUGGUGCCACUGGCUUGUCGACAUCAGGUGACAGUAGUGGAUAUGUACCCGUCUUUCGCUCAGGAAGCUGUUCUGAGAUAGGACCCAAAACAUACAUGGAGGAUGAGUACAUCUGUGUGGAUAAUCUUGAGGAACAUCUCGGUGCAGCAUCAGGAGGUUUCCCUUCCCCUGGAGCAUUCUAUGGGGUAUUUGAUGGACAUGGGGGCGUAGAUGCUGCAUCAUUCACUCGAAAAAACAUACUUAAGUUCAUUGUCGAGGACUCACAUUUCCCUGCUAGAGUAAAAAGAGCGAUAAGGAAUGCUUUCGUCAAGGCCGACUACACCUUAGCCGAUGCCAAGUCUCUUGACAAGUCUUCCGGUACCACUGCUCUGACUGCCUUUAUGCUGGGGCGGACAAUGCUAAUUGCCAAUGCUGGGGAUUCUCGAGCUGUGCUAGGCAAGCGGGGAAGAGCAGUGGAGCUGUCCAAAGACCACAAACCCAACUGCACAUCUGAAAGGCUGAGGAUCGAGAAGCUAGGUGGAGUCAUAUACGAUGGCUAUCUCAACGGGCAACUAUCUGUGGCGCGUGCGCUUGGAGACUGGCACUUGAAGGGCCCCAAGGGCUCGAUGUACCCCCUGAGCUCAGAGCCAGAGUUGGAGGAGAUCGUGUUGUCAGAGGAAGAUGAGUUCUUGAUAAUGGGGUGUGAUGGGCUUUGGGAUGUGAUGAGCAGCCAGUGUGCAGUGACAAUAGUGAGGAAGGAGCUUAUGCAGCACAAUGAUCCUGAGAAGUGCUCGCGGUUGCUUGUCCGCGAGGCCCUCAAGCGCAACACCUGCGACAACCUCACUGUGCUCGUCAUCUGCUUCUCCCCGGACCCUCCCCCCCGGAUUGAAGUACCCAAGUCCCAGAGGAGGCGAAGCAUCUCUGCCGAAGGCCUUGAUCUUCUCAAGGGUGCCUUGAACAAUCUCUAAAUUAAGGGAACUCUGCUUCGGACUCUGUAUAAAGCAACCAUAUACACUACUCUUCUCUUCUCUUCUCUUCUGCCUUGCUCCAUCGUCGUCGUCCAAGGCCUCUGCUCUGUCAUUCUACUGUUAACCAUUCAGCAUUUCUCUUCUCUUCUCAUCUCCAUGGACAUGUAGACUGCAUAGUUCUGGCUAUUUGAAGCCUGCAGUGGUAGCAAGCAUUAGGAUGAUGAUGGUGCCUAUGGCACAGUAUCUAUGAUCAAACAAAAACUUAGUGACUAGUGAGAAUUAUCAACAAUGACAAUGAGAGUGAGACAAUUACUUAGUCGAGGAUAUCAAAUGCUUUAUUUAUUUGUUCUUUAAUGUAUUCUUUUACCCUUUUCAGCAUCAAAGCCAUUUCAA